AUGUACGGUUGGCGGAGAUUUUCGGGCCUGGAGGCUCCGUCGCCCCCCAGGAACUUUUCCGAUUGCCCCAACGGCACCCUGAGAUCCGAGUGGGUGUGGAACAUCUUUAACGAGUGUGCGUCCGAUGGGCGGGACGUGGCCAGCGUCAUCCUGGGGCUCGUCUCCAUCUUGUGCUUCAUCUUCUCCUCCUUCCCGCAGUACUACAAGUCAUGUAAGACGGGGAACAUGGACAAGGCCCUCUCUAUCUGGUUCCUGUUGGGGUGGCUGGCCGGAGACUCCUGCAACUUUGUGGGGGCCUUCCUGUCGAACCAACUGCCAAUCCAGGUGUACACAGCGAUUUACUACGUGGUGGCCGACGUACUGAUGCUCGUCCUCUACAUCUACUACAAAUAUCGCAACCAGCGGACUGCGGGAGCAUCUCUCAUCGUAAACGCCAUCUGUGGAUUCGCUCUGAUUGGUUCCUCGGCUGCCCUGUUCCAGCUGGGUGACCCCGGAUUGUCCGCAACAAACUACCACAGUUCUCCCGGUGGACGGCGCUUGCUGGCGGCAGACGACUCUGAUGCCGAGCCGUUCAGCACCCAGGAGAUCAUUGGCUGUGUGGUUGGUUCGGUGUCCUCCAUGUUCUACCUCGCCUCCCGCCUGCCGCAGAUCAUCACCAACUUUCGGAGACGGUCCACGGAGGGUCUGCUCUCUCUCUCUCUUCUGUAUGGUGAUUUUGGGGAACUUGACCUACGGGCUCAGCAUCCUCCUGAAGAACCCAGACAAGGGGCAGUCAGAAACGGAUUAUAUCAAGCAUCACCUGCCUUGGCUGAUCGGGAGUCUUGGGGUCAUGAGCCUGGACUGCAUUAUUAUCAUCCAGUUUUUCGUGUUUGGUGCGAAACGGUCAAAAGACAGUGAGCCAGAAGAAAGGGAACCCCUUCUGCAUGCCGACAGGAGGGCCAAAUGA